AUGGACUUCGACGAGUACGAGUACUUAGAGAAGACAGUCGACGAGUCCGACACCAGGAAUGGUUCAUCUUCGAAGACCAAAGACGUCAGCUCGGAGAAGAGCGAAAAGGGUCACAGGCGGAAGGGAAGAGAAGAUGAUGGCGAAGAUGCUGAAGAUGACCGCAUUGAAGAGCGGAGAAGGAGCAAGAAAUACAAAGGGGACGAAGAGAACGGCGGGAGCAGGAGGGAUAAAAAAGUGGGCUUUAUAAGGUUGGCAAACACAUAUGACAUAUGGAGACUUAAAGAUAAGAAAGAUGCAGUAGAGCCAGAAGCAGACCCUGAAAGGGAUCAAAGAACCGUUUUUGCUUAUCAGAUGCCAUUGAAGGCAACUGAAUGGGAUGUUUACGAGUUUUUUUCUAAAGCAGGAAAGGUGAGAGAUGUGAGAUUGAUCAUGGAUAGGAAUUCAAGAAGAUCAAAAGGAGUCGGGUACAUUGAGUUUUAUGAUGCAAUGUCAGUGCCAAUGGCAAUUGCCCUUUCUGGUCAUUUACUUCUAGGGCAGCCUGUGAUGGUGAAGCCUUCAGAGGCUGAGAAGAAUCUUGUUCAGUCUACCGCCACAAGUGGGGCGGCAGGUGGUGGUGCUGGAGCCUUUGGGGCAGUUGACCGAAAGCUUUAUGUUGGAAAUCUUCACUUCAACAUGACUGAGUUGCAACUCAAACAGAUUUUUGAAGCUUUUGGUCCAGUUGAGCUUGUUCAACUCCCCACUGACCCUGAAACAGGGCACUGUAAAGGUUUUGGGUUUGUUCAAUUUGCUCAACUUGAGCAUUCGAAAGCAGCACAAAGCUUGAAUGGGAAGCUUGAGAUUGCUGGUCGAACUAUUAAGGUGUCUUCAGUUACUGAUCAUGUUACUGCACAAGACACAGGAGCAAAAGCAGCAGACUUUGAUGAUGAUGAUGGUGGAGGUUUGGCACUAAAUGCUCAAUCAAGAGCUAUGCUUAUGGCAAAACUUGAUCGCAGUGGUAUUACCACAGGUAUUCCUGGGGCUAUCGGAGCACCUAUAGUUAAUGGAUCUGGUCCAAUUCAAGGAGGUGGUUUAGGCAUGAAUGUGGCAGCAGCAGCAGCUACAAUUCCAAUUUUGCCCCCACAAAUUGUCUCAGAGCCAAUUGGAAACCCUAGCGAGUGUUUGCUGCUAAAGAAUAUGUUUGACCCUGCUACUGAGAGUGAUCCAGAAUUUGAUUUGGACAUCAAAGAGGAUGUGGGAGAAGAAUGCUCCAACUAUGGAAGGGUGAAGCAUAUAUAUGUUGAUAAGGAAAGUGCUGGCUAUGUGUAUCUACGAUUUGAGAGUGUGGAGGCAGCCUCACGAGCUCAACAGGCAAUGCAUAAAAGAUGGUUUGCCCGCAGAUUGAUUUCAGCCAUUUUCUUGCAACCAUAUGAAUAUGAGGCCAAGUUCAAAGGUGUUGCUGCUUGAUGAAGAAGAUGAAAGUUUUAUUAUUAUAUUAUUAUUAUUAUUUUCAUUUUAAGGUUUUGGUUUUUGUUUAGGAACCUGGAAACUGUGUAAUCUAUGCAUGUAUAAUGAAUGAUUCUGAAAGUUUUAUUUUUCUUCACAUUUAUGUAAGAAUCAUAUUCAGGUUGCUUUAUCAUAUCUUUGAUUAAAACCUGCAUUUGCAUGUAUAUCAGAUAAAGAUGCUUAGGUCAUUUGUUAGAGUAAAUUACAGUUGUAU